AUGAAAUCUUUUCUUGUGAUCCUUUUAAUCUUAGCCAUAUCUUGCAAUGGUCAAGAUUAUAAGACUUAUUACUUUGACUAAAAAGUUAAUCACGAAGGCUUUGAGAUGAAUGAUUUAACUUUUAAGUAGAAAUAUUUGGUUAAAGAUGAUUUCUACAGAUAUGAUAAGGGACCAAUUUUAUUCUAUUGUGGAAAUGAAGGCCCUAUUGAAAUGUUCUACAAUAACACAGGUUUUUAGACUCACACUUUAGCAAAGGAAUUAAACGGUUUGGUCGUUUUUAUGGAACAUAGAUACUUUGGAGAAUCUUGGCCCUUUGGAAAUGAAGAAGAAUCUCUUAAAAAGGGUAAUAAUAAAUAUUUGACUUCUCUCUAAGCUUUAAAUGAUUAUGUUGUUUUCUUAAACUGGUUUAAGAAGAGUUUAGGAUGUGCUGAUGAUGAAUGUCCCGUUAUUGCUAUUGGAGGUUCUUAUGGUGGUAUGUUAGCUGCUUGGAUCAGAAUGAAAUUCCCUAAUGUUGUUGACGCAAGUUUAGCUGCUUCUGCUCCUAUUUAUUAGUUCUUAAAUAGAGAAGGUUUAAAUCAAACUCUCUUUUAUUCAAUCAUUACUAGAAAUUAUGCUUAGAAUGGUUGCAGUGAUAAGAUUCACUAAGCUUAUUAAUACUUGACCAACAUAAUUGACUCACCUAUGUCCACUAAAUAUUUUAAGUAUCAAUAUGACUCUAUAUUUGCUAACAUAUCUUAAGCUAUGAACACAUGUGAACCUAUAACAAACAGCACUGGAUUAACUCAAUUAAGAACAUAUAUGGAUACUGCUUACAGCUAUAUGGCUAUGACUAACUAUCCUCAAGCCAGCAGUUUCUUAAGAUCUAUGCCAGCUUGGCCUGCAAAUGCUUCUUGCAUUCCCAUGGAGGCAGUCAAUAGCAACUCAACAGUCUUUGAAUUGUUUUCAGCUAUUAAAUUAUCUACUGAUACCUUUUAUAAUUAUGACCAAUCAGCUAACUGUUCUGAUAUUUCUCAAGGAGAUGAUGGUGCUUCAGAUAAUGAUAUGAGUGGAUGGAAUAUUCUUGCUUGCUCUGAUAUGGUCUUACCAAUGGCUUCGAAUGGAAAAACAGAUAUGUUCUAUAACCAACCAUGGAACUUUGAAUAAUACAAAGAAUGGUGCAACUACACCUAUGGAGUUACCCCUAAUUAUGACUGGGCUUUAGAUUUUUACGGAGGUAGAAAUGAUUUAGAAAUGGAAAAUUUCUCCAACAUCUUCUUCUCAAAUGGUAUGUUAGAUCCUUGGAGUGGUGGUUCACCAACUGAAUACCUUAGUGAAGAUUUGCCUACUAAUUACAUGUAUGCAUCUGCUCAUCACAAUGAUCUCCGUUUACCUCAAGAAGGCGAUCCAGAAAGUGUUGUUUAAGGAAGAGAAUUAGAAAUUAAGUAUCUCAAAAAGUGGAUUCAACAUAAGUUGCCACCAAACUAUUUUAUUAACAAAAGUGAUUAUUGA